CACAAGGAGGCGCAGUUGCCAAAUAUGGCGCUGUCUUAUCGGAAGCGAAUACAUAAUUUCUUUCUAAUACACCUUAUCCUUGCCGGUGUCUGCAACCAAGCUGCGGCCGAUCGAACGAGUUUAAAAAUUUAUCAAACUCUUCAAGCCGAUCACUUCUGCUUCCGAAGAUUGAACGGCACCCACGAGAUCGGAUGUUCAUCUGACAGGACGGGCAAUGUGGGUGUGGUUCAUCUAGUGUCAACUGAAGCAGACAUACAGACCAUCGUAGGAAACCCAGAUGGCACCCGAUAUGUUGCUGUUCUGCCAGUCGAGUUUUUUAACAUGGGCAACAUGUCAAUCUUGCAAGAUUCUAAACGGGUGACAGGAGUAAUUGUUUUGAGGCGCGACAACGCUCUUCCAUCUAGCGGCUUCUCACCCGAUCAGACCUGCCCUAAUCAGAAUUUUGAUUUAUAUGCAGAAGACAAGGAGUACUCUAGCUGCAAGAAAGCUAUGUGGAACCCUUUUAACCCAGCUACCGACAUGUUUUUUAUGCGUUGGGACUUCCCAAUUUUUUUGCUCAACAAUGAGACCAGUAUUGACAUCAUUGUGGAAAAGUGCUUCAAAGAGCACAACCUGCCCAAAGGAGACUCGAAGCCUAAAUGGCCCCUAUGUGCUGCCCAGCUGAAGACCAGAAUGAAUGCAGCCAAGGACAGCGUGACAUGUAUAAGGAGAAGUGGGAUUAUGGGCUCUCUUACUCCAGUUCGGUAUUGUGAUCCACUAACAGACCGAAACAUCUACUCAACGUUGUAUCCAACUUACAACAACAAGACAGUCGACGAACGUUCCAUCAUUGUAGUGGGAGCAAGGAUUGACACCUUCUCCCUGUUCGACAAUCUCGCACCAGGCGCAGAUUCUUCCGUGACUGGAAUGGUCACUCUCCUCGUGGCGGCUCAAAUGCUGAAGCAACUUAGAGAUGCUCACCCAGCUGAGACCCCGAAGAAGAAUGUUCUCUUCCUCAUAUUCAAUGGUGAAGCCUUUGACUACAUAGGAUCAAGCAGGGUGGCGUACGACAUGGAGAAAGGGGACUUCCCCGUGAGGCCCAACUCUGGAGUGUUGCUGCCAGCAGCCCUAAAGAUGGAACACAUUUCUCACUUUCUGGAGCUAAGUCAAGUGGCUCCACUUGGAGGAACCCCAACAGUGUACUUGCACACAGACCCUAUCACCACCAAGACAACAACAGUGAAUGACACUGCUAAUCGGUUGAUCAUGGAGCUCGAGAAGGCAGCAAGCGAAGAUUGGCUGAAAGUCCCCGUGCAAGCUUCACCCAACGACCAGCCUCUGCCCCCUUCGUCAGUGCAACAGUUUUUGAAAAAGGACAAGCAAAUUGCAGCAGUGGUUCUGUCAAAUCACAACAAACAGUUUGAAAACAGGUACUACAACAGCUUCUUUGACACCUGGGAGAACCUGAAUGACACAAACGAGGGCAUCCAGAAGACUGCUGGCCACCUGACCAAGGUGGCCGCAAUGGUUGCCUUGGCCGUAUUCAAGGAGGUUACCGGUCAAAAUGCCCCUGAAAUACAGCUGCAAGAUUUCAGGGUGGCUGAACUCCUGGAGUGUUAUCUCCUUAAUUCCUCUUGCUCCUUGUUUGAAGAAGUGCGAAGCCAGCCUUCCGGGCAGACAAUGGCCAGGUCUUACCCCCUGUACGUGGGUGUGGAUCCAAAUGGCGGUAAUGUGAACCCUUCCACCACGGCCACCCGCCUCCUCAUGGCCUACCUGACGGGCACGCACCUGGAGAAUGUGACCAAGGACGACUGCUCGGCAGCCGCAAAAAAGGACAAGCCGUACCACUAUGACUGGAUGCACGGAACUGAAAACCAAUCGGGGAUUUGCGUCAAGUCCAUAACCAUGUUGACAAUGGCCCGGUCACCUGCCUUUGAAAUUGGAGAUGUGGGGUCGACCAACUACUCAACGUGGACAGAGAGCGUGUGGGAGGAGAUUUCCCUGCAGAUAUUCCUGAUGCCCAGCUGGCAGCAGGAGGCAGCCACUCUGUCUGCGGGCAUCGCUGUCUUCCUCGUCUCUCUCGGAGUGGUCUUCUGCCUGAACAAGGAGGCGGCGCUACUGUUCACGCCACGCGCCCUGGUGGGCAUCUAGGGACACGACACAAAUCACAUUACUUUGGUUGACUUGAACCGGGGCCAAGGCGCAGGCACCUCUCUGCCCCCACCGGUCGCCCUCUAGGGUCCCUCGGGGGGACUUUGCCUUGGGGCAACACUCCAUUUCCACCGUUUUUCUCUGGAAAGGGGUGCUAGGGACGCUGGCUGGUGGGCAGCACUUUUCUGGCAACUUCUCUGUGUACACUUUUCCUUCUCCCUUUGCCAUGCUUGAUGAACGGCCGGGACAUUCGAUUGUUGCAUCCAAUGAUUGGUUUCCUGCGCUAAAUGGAAGAUAAUGGGGAGUGGAGUCUCCUGGUUUCUGGACUAGAGCACUGCACAGGCCUACUUCUUGAGGCCCGAUUCAUAGUUUGACGGUCAAAGUGUGCCCCCCUACUGGGUCCCUUUGGAGCUUGAUACUGCAGUACAUUAGGCCGGAAAAGAAAGAUACAGUUUUCCAUAAUGCUCUCACCGACACUUAUAGAGAGCAACAAAGAACAGCAUUGUUGGAUGUUGAUUGAUUAGACAAGAAUAGCACGGCUGUUUGCUCAUCCACCACGCUUGCAGAGUAGGCAGGUCAUCCAGUCCAAGCUCGGAGAGGUCGUUUGCUACCGAUACGGAGCCCAGUUUGAGGGCCGGUACCGAAUGUUCGGGUAGGCCUGUGCAGGUGCUUUAUUGUGGAAUAUUUGGUUGUUGAAGGUUAAAACUAAACUAAAAAAAAUAAUGUAAGGGUGUCAAAAUUAAAAUUAUGCUUUAGCGACUGCAUUAGUAUUGAAGACACUGUCAAUCUUCUCACUGUCAGGGCAAGCCAGGCUCACCUCAAUUCCAAUCGGCAUUCUAUGGAAGUUGUGAGUACCAGCCCACAGCCACGGGGAAACCCUGCACCUUAUUUUCGUGCGGUGAGCUCGGGUUUGCUUUCACAACUUUCAGAGGUGUGGAAUUGAAGACUGUGCAUGAGCCAUACUUGUUCACGACAGCACUGAGGUUGAGUAAAAAUAUGUUGGUGGCACUUUUGUUACUUUUGUCAUUGCGCCGUCCUAAAAACUGCCCGUGGCUGCAGUUCUUAAUGAAGAGUUAUACAUACGAGAUAACAGAACCAUGACUCUGGAUAGUUGCACUUUUGGAUUACUGGGUAGUUUGUACCUAUUCAUGGCCAGUUUCUGACUUUGUCCUUUGUAAGAAUAGUGACUCGCCCAACUGUUCUCAAGCAUGGUAUAGGUUUUUCUAGGUCUCAUACAGGUCUUGCAUUGCACUUGCCGUCCUAGAACUGGCAGACUUUAUAAUUUAAAGUGAAUGUUGGUUGUCCUUUACUGGGAGUGAAAAUAAGUCAAUUGAAAACAGGCUCGAAAUCUAAUCUGGAAGAAAACUAGAGUGGGUUAGGCAAUGCUGUUUACAACUACAAAUCAACGUUUUUAGCUGGCAGCAGUCUGUCCAUUCUUGUUUUCUUCCCCCUUUUAGUGUCCUACAAACCUGCUCAGUUCACCCUUCUCAUUUAAGCUGCCUUUUAUUUCGAGGAACCUAAAGGAACGCUUCUAUUUCACAUGCACGUUGCACAAUUUUUGUUUACUGGAGUAGUGGCAGCGAGCUGUUGUAUUGCUGUCAAUACUCCAUCUCGUUGCCAGGAUUUGGUACUGCUUCCUCCAUUUGUUUGCUUUAUGGGGAGCAAAAUGUGUACAUUUCAGUUCACCUCUCUCCUUCACCUCCUGUGUUUGCAGUUCUUCAAAUUCAUCUGUGGUGUUAGCCACAGGCAUAUGCAGAAGUGUUUCUUACAUUGAUGUUAGUGCUGGUAAAGUUGCCAAGAGGUGUGCCUGCUUUUGGGCUGGGAGGCUCUUUCUCCUGCCGUGCUUUGGCUCAAAGCUUACUUCCUGGUUGCUCCGAAAUCAUUCAGCACUGGUCAGAAUAUGGACAGGUCUACUUGAAAGCUGUGCAUUUCUUGGAGCAAUGCAACAGCAGGCUAGUAUUAUGCAGCAGCAGACCAGUGGUGUGUGGUGGCAGGGGAACUGGGCAACAAAGUGCCUUCGUCUGCCAAAAUACUGUGAUUUGUGUGAGAUACCAAUUGCCAAUGUCGAAGAAUGAAGAAACUCGUCCAACGGAGUCCUUUUACGUCAUUGUAUAAGGCACAGUGGUUAUAACAGGGACUGCUGCAUUUUAGGAAGGUUGCUGUACUUUUUCUUGUGCACUUUCUGAAAUGCUUUUUUUUUUUUUCAAUGAAUUUUGAUUUUAUUUGUAUAAACUGUAUCAUACCUGUAUGCUUCAAUUUCCUCCUUUUUAUACAACUUUACCUUGAGAUGAUUGUCUGUCUGUAUGACAGAAUUCCGUGAGAGUGUGAUAUUUAUUUCAUAAUUAUCAGUGUGUGUGCUGCGUACUUAGGUCUUUUUUUCAUUUCAAAUAAAACUUGGUCUUAGGGGUUUGCAGUGUUUUGGACCGGAGCGUGCAGAUUCUGCAAGAUUCUUUUUACAUUAAUGAAUGUUUAUAGUUCCUAAAGUCUGAAUAAUGAAGCUCCAACCAAAUCUCAGAAUGAAUCCUGACGUUUCAAAACUAGCUGGGUUUCUUCUUCAAGGGUGACUGAAAGCACACGGAGUAGCAGCAGCAUUCUUUCAGUCACCCUUGAGUGAAAGUGGUGAAAGCAGCUCCGCCUGCUUUCAGUCACCCUUGAAGAAGAAACCCAGCUGUUUUUGAGAUGUCUGGUUUCUUUCCAAGAUUUGGUUGGAGCUACAUUUUUAGGACUUUAAUUCUCACCCAUCCAGAAGGCAGAUUUCUGCCAAAUCUGUUUACUUUAUAGUUCCUGUAUAUGUACAUUUUUCUAUAUGGCUGUAUACUUUUUUUUUUUACAGUGUUUUUUGGGCUAUCACUAAAAUGUCUAAACUAGAACAGUUCACUUGUUCACAGAAGUCUAUAGGCAUGCCUUUGAUCACCUUGUGGCAAGAUUAUUCUUGCUGUUGAAUCAAGUGCUUUCUUUUUUAUUCACUGCUAGCAACUACUUCUAAGUUAACAAAAUCUAGUCUCGGAUGCUGAGUUUUGCUUGAGUUAAAUGCAAUUCUAGCAAGUUUUGGGUUGUUUUUCACGAUGUAUGCGCACCUUUUCAGUGCUUGUCACCCAGGCAAAAAGUGCAGAGUCAUUGGGCCGUGACCGCAUGCAUAACAUCCGAUAUUCGGUGGAAGGGAGUUACUGCACAUGCUCGGAGCAAGUUCCACAGCCUAGUAGACAAAGAUGACAGUGCACAGAACCUGAAUAUUGGAAUGAUUUAUGUAUGAUCGAAAAAUGUGAACAUUUUUGUCCUCAUUUUCAAUGCACAAACAUACACCCUUCAUCACUUCUUACCUGAAGACAAUAUGCUUAUCUUGGUUUCUUGGUUUCUGGGACAACUCCCUUCAAUACCAUAGUACGAGACAUCUGAAUAAAGAAAAAUGUUUACUUGAG